AUGAUUUUCGCGAAGAGUUUCACCAAAGUUUUCAAAGUUUGGUCAAAGUUUCCAGGAGUUUUGGUUCGAGAUCGAACACGAAUGAUCGCCGAUCAAACCAGUGGGUCCGUGUUGACCUACGAUGUCUGUACUUUGCACAGCACAGCACAGCACAGCACAGCACUCCGACCUCCAUGUUGUCGAGAACGCCUCGUGAGAUCGUCCAACCACGCGGCUUACCAUCGAGCGCCUCGCGAUGCAAUGGCGCGAUUCUGGGCUUUAGCCUACACGUCCACUGCACAUUGUGGUCAUCGUCCCACGCUACCCUCUUUUCUGAAGUCACAAGCUGACUUGCACUGGCUGGGUGACAGCAUCGACUUCUGCAUUCCCGUGGACCCUACGGUGACCACUCCCACCGAUCUAAGCUUGCAGCUCGAAGCGCACGAUCGAACACAAGAUUAG